ACAAUGACAUGUCUGUGUUCGUCGUGACAUACGGCAUGUCUACCGUCGAUUGCUUUCUCCAGUCUGUUUAUCAAUUCCUCUUGGUUGGUGGUUCCGUGGGGCACGACGAAAGUUUCUACACAGCAGUCGUCUAGAAGCAGAUUUUUAUCUUUAUACACAUCCAUAGUGGAAGACCAAUCGUCUCGGAGGCGAUUUGCCUUUAUAAAUUGGUUCAGUGAUGGUCCCAAUUCCUCGACGAUGACAUCGAACAGGUGACUGUUGAGGCUUAUUGCUGCCGCUUCUUUUGUCUUGGUCCAUUUCCGGGUGCGCUCCAAUGCCAGGGUCUGGAAGAUGAUGUAAGGAGGCACGGUGAAGGCCUUUUUGCCGGACUGGGAGGGGUCAUUUAACAGAUUUAAAGUUCGACGAAAUCUGGUCCUUCGGCAUUACCAUCCCAUCCCGGAUCAGCUCCGUUGAAACCCUCGCCCAAAGAGCCUUCAGAAGACGAACAGAAAGAGUAUCCGGAAUAUCCGGAUUAUUACGAAGAUGAUUCACCCCGUUUCCAAGAAAUCAAGAAAAUGGAUGCCGCCUCUUCUCCGAACAAUGUUGAUUUCGGGCCGGAGAUUCGAACACCAGGUGACAGCGGCGAUUUCUUCCCGGAAAAUCCGUUCAGGGGUAACUUCCCGACCGAUUUUGAAGAUUUCUUCAAAGAGUCGAGCUUUGGCGGUAGAGAAGAUGAAAGGCCAGUGCCACAACGUACUACAGUACCACCACGCCCGUCACCUUCACCCCGCCCUACAGCUCCGCAACGUCCAACAGUACGCUAUCCAGCACCACUCCCAACUGCACCUCCGACACCUCCCACUGUUAAGCCAACCAAAGCCGUUCCCGUUCCUGUGAGAACGACCGAACCCCCUCAGAGGCAAAUUCCAUCGCAAAACGUCAAAACGGAAGAACAGAAGCCUCAUUCCGGCCUGUCCAUCGCGGGCCCUGUCAAACAACUAACUAAGCUCAUCCAGCGUUCCACCAACUUCCGCCAGCGACCCAAUUCGCAGAAUCAUCAGAAAGAAUCGUCACCCAAUCACGAUUUAGCGGAACCCCGUCCGUUGACUCCGGAUAGGUCGCGUGAUUGCCCACAGCAGCCGGAAAGACCUGCAUGGAGUCCGUCAUCAAACGAGCAAGAAAGCACGCAUUUCAACAACAAGGAAACGAUUCCAACAAGGAUCAAUCCACCUCCGGUUCAGUCGCACUCUUUCAACCAGCAGUCCGCAUCCUCCAACCUUCCGUUUUACCGACAACAAAACGACCAGAUCGGCGGUAUUUUCAAUCCAAACACCAUCAUUCUCGAGAGUGGUUUCAAACCUAUCCGGAAUGCGGAUGGGCCGAUCCCACCGCUUGGAUUUGACGUCGAGCCUCAGCAGAACGCGCAAGGGAAAGGAAUCUCUGCCGAAGAUCCGAGAUUCACGACGGAUUCACCAAGUUUGGUAACAUUGGAUCCCGUUUUCGUCGCUUCCGAACAAGAUCACCGCAGACCCAAAGAACCCGUUCCCAUCACGUUGCCCAAGGCUGUUGUACCGGUUGUUCCCGGACCAUCGGCACCUGUUCCGAGGUUCCCUCCUAAUCACGAAGCCAACCAGCAGCAGGUGAACCACUUCAAUCAACAACAAUUCAGACCGCACCCGACGCCUCCUUCCCAGCGUCAGCAACAGCAGCGACCUCAUUUCAACGGCCAGGAUGUUAAUGCUCGUCCCCACACACCUCCACCUUCUCCUCCUGCUCGCAAGAAGUCUUCAGGUUUGGCUGCAUUUUUCAGCUUUGGUGGUAACCGCCGGAAGGAGCAGAACACCCCUCCCCUGGCUACGCCGAUUGCUGCUGGACCAUCUGGGCCUUCUCCUAAUAAUAGGCCAUCGCUAAAUUGGCAACCUCAGAACGGUCCUCUCCUUCAACUGAGACAUCCGUCAGCUGGACAAAACCGUGAACAGCUGCUACCGCAACCUCUACAAGGACCGCCACCGGGACUCCAUAUUCAACGACCUUUUGCUGGAGAAGGACACAAACAUCAAGGUGAACAGCCGUUAUCGCUGCAGCAGCGACAGCAGCAAGAGGGUCAACUAAAGAACCGCAAUAAUCCGGCGCAAAAUCAGCCGUCAUUACAACCGCAGUCCAAGCCAAAUCAAGGACUAACGGGCCUUCUUCAAAGAUUCCUGGGCGGUGGGGACCGACGCAAAGAUAUUUCUCGACCACUGCAAAUGGACAAAAAAGCAGAUGGACCUCAUGCAAUACACAAAGGUCCACCUCCUGUCUCGAUAAAUGGAAAAGCUGAUUUUCCGUUUCCACCAAACUUCCAAGGGCCGCUUCCACCCAUCAUUGCCUCUAAAGUUCAGGCGGCCACUAGGCCCAAUUUCGACGGAGUCCGCCGUUCUGAGCGCCCGUUGAAGAACCCCAACGUUCUAGAUCAGUUUUCAGCAUCCAUUAUCAAAGGAGGAUCCGUUUUGGGAACUGGAGGCAAGCCCGUCAUCACGGAUGAAGAGAGAGCUCAGUUGGAACGAUUUUUAUUUGGGCCAUCAGAACAAUACACCCCAAGAUCAUUUCCAUCCGAGUCUUUGUUAAGCAACCUCGAGGAAUGGUUGUCCGGUGAAGCUCCUUCCGAAUCUUUACUAAGUAAAAUUGCCGAAGUUUUAUCCGUUGAAGCCUCGACGGAUAUUUCUCCAGAAGAAGAUAGCACUGUUGAACCAGAUGCCUCAACCACUUUACCAACAACCAAUGAUGAAGAGAUUUCCUCUGUCGACGAAAAGUCCCAUAAUGUCUUAAAUGAUGAUGACAAUAAAGAAAUCGAUCCUGUUGAAAGCGUCGCAUCACAGCGACGGAAGCGACAAGCCGUCGAUGAUGAACGGAAUGACAAUCAUUUUUUGGAUAAAAUUCCUCAACAGGAUUCGAGCCAGCUGCCAGUUGAACACCGCGGAUUGGACGACGAGGAAGUAAACGAUUCUCAUCAAAACAAUAACAGUAGUUCCACUAAAUUUGCUCCUUGGUUCUCCGUUACUUCCGCAUUAUUCUUACUUAUUGGUUUGACAGGAAUCCAGUUAAAUCACAUUUAAUAACCUAUAAUGUUUUUCCAAUCUACUUCCUUAUUGUAAAUAAUUGCCAAUAAGCAAUCGACUGACGAUGUCAUCACAUAACUCAGAUUGAAUUGCAACACAAAAUGGUUGGGUUUCACUUAAAUUGCAUAACAGAACAGAAAAAAAAGGAUGGCUUGUUCUUAAAUUUCACUCUUUUAAUUUAUUGCUUAUUUAUAUUCCUUUGUCACGGUUUCAAAAUUGGUCUUAGUUUAAUGUAAUAGGGAUGUCUUGUUUUGCAGUGUAUGUGCUUUUCUACAAAAUCUUUUUGCAAACUACCUGAUUUCUGACGGAAUAUAACAAGUGGCAAUACACACAAUUGGGAAUAUUG